CCUCGCUUCCCCCGUCCUCCUCCACGGAUCCCCUCGCGGGAGAAGGACGAGGCAGAUUCAGGAGCCAGGCGCUUCCCCGAAAGGGCUUCUCUCUCCAGCGGCGCGCAGAUAACAAUAGGAAAUUGACGAGAAGGAAAGCGAAAUUGACUUGGCACGAGGCGGCGGGGGCGGCAGCAUUGGGGAAGGACUACAAUCCUCGCCACUCCUCGGCUGCCUUUGGGGAGGUUUAUCGUUCUCCCUUUUUUUUUUUUUUUGGCCUGGAGAUUCUCAGCCAAAGGCGGCUGGGGAGUUUUAUGGAGCCGCCGGCUGGGAUUCGCCCCCGUUCCGCCUGGACCAGGAGACCAGGAAGCCGGGCUUAUUAUGGGCUGGACAAGCUGAGCAGCCCCGGGGGAGCGGCGGUCGUUGCUUCGCCGGCUUCUCCGGACUCGUUGCCGACCUGCUGCUGCCGCCGCCUUUCUUAACCGGGCUGAGCCAGGCUGGGCGCCCUGGCGAGGAGAAGCGAAGACCUUUCCCUAACUUGGAGAGAUAUAUUUAUCUAUAUAUCGGGCCGCAUGGCGAGCGACCAGUGAGCGACCCAGCGGCAGGGCGAGCCUCGGAGAACUGCGGCGUCCUACCUCUUUCGCCUUUUCUCCUGGAGAAGCCUUUGGGGAGGAUGAGCCUUAGAGGAUGAUGUUGGAUAGCCAGAGCUCCACCCAGGAGAUUGGAGAAGAGGUCGAAGAUGGCGUGAUCUACAGCAUUUCACUCCGGAAAGUCCAGCUCCACCACACGGCCAACAAGGGUCAGCGAUGGCUAGGGUUUGAGAACGAGUCGGCCCUAAACCUCUAUGAGACGUGUAAGGUGCGGACCAUCAAAGCUGGGACCUUGGAGAAGCUGGUGGAGUAUCUUGUCUCGGCGUUCAAAGGCAACGAUUCCACCUACGUCACCAUCUUCCUAUGUACGUAUCGAGCGUUUGCCACGACCAAGCAAGUCCUCGAUCUCCUCCUGAACAGAUAUGGGAAACUCCACCUCCAGCUCAACGGAGACCACCCGCAGCAAGCCGUGGACGAGAGACUGGAGUUGAAAAACACCAUCUCUUCCAUCCUGGGAGCCUGGCUGGAUCAAUACUCGGAAGACUUCCGCAAGCCGCCAGACUACACCUGCCUGAAGCAGCUCAUCAUUUACGUGCGGCUCAACAUCCCUGGCUCAGACCUGGAGCGGCGAGCGCGCAUUCUCUUCACCCAGUUCCAGCAGCAAGAGAGGGCCGAGGGGGAGGCGGAAGCCGUGGACCCAGCUAGCUGCACUCUGCAGCUCGAGGAGGAGAACGGGCUGGGUGAAAGCAAGCUCAAUUUCCUCUCGUUCUCUCCAGAGAUGGUGGCUGAACAAUUCACACUGAUGGACGCUGAGCUCUUCAAGAAGGCGGUGCCGUACCAUUGCCUCGGGUGCAUUUGGUCCCAGCGGGACAAGAAAGGCAAAGAGCACCUCGCGCCCACCAUCCGGGCCACUGUUGCGCAGUUCAAUAGCGUCACCAAUUGCGUCAUUUCAACUUGCCUCGGGGACCGGGCACUAAAGCCACAGCAGAGAGCCAAGGUGGUGGACCACUGGAUCCAAGUUGCGCGGGAAUGCCGGAUCUUAAAGAACUUCUCGUCACUCCGUGCCAUUCUUUCUGCCCUGCAAUGCAAUGCAAUCCACAGGCUGAAGAAAACGUGGGAUGAGGUCUCCCGGGAAAGCUUCCGCACUUUUCACGAGCUGUCGGAAAUCUUCUCAGAUGAGAAUAACCAUUCCUUGAGCCGGGAGCUUCUCAUCAAGGAGGGGACCUCCAAGUUCGCCACCCUGGAGAUUAACCCAAAGAGGGCUCAGAAACGGCAGCAGCAGCAGCGGGAGAUGCAGGGCGUAAUGCAAGGCACCAUCCCUUACCUGGGUACCUUUCUCACUGACUUGGUGAUGCUGGACACGGCCGUGAAGGACUACCUGGACGGCGGCCUGAUCAACUUUGAGAAAAGGAGGAAGGAGUUUGAAGUCAUCGCCCAGAUCAAACUGCUCCAGUCGGCUUGCAAUAACUACAGCUUCACACAGGAGGACCGCUUCGUGGCCUGGUUCCACAGCAUGGAGCGGCUCAGCGAGGCAGAGAGCUACGGCCUGUCAUGCGAGAUUGAGCCGCUGUCGGAGUCGGCCAGUAACACUCUGAAGUCCAAGAAAAACACGGGCAUCAUCAAGCGCUGGAGCGACCGGCAGGCCCCCAGCACCGAGUCCUGCGCUGGCGGCAGCUCUCACUCAAAAUCGUUUGACCAGCUGAAGUGCGGGCCAUACUUGUGCAGUGGGGAUGCGGCCGACUCCCUCAGCGUCACCUCGGCUGGCUCCAGCAGCUCUGAUGUGGAAGAGAUAAACUUCAGCUUCGUCCCGGACUCUCCGGAGGGCCAAGAGAAGAAGUGCUCUCUUCCCGCCCUGGAUGUCCAGACGUGCAGCUCCGCUUCUGGCCAGGAGGGGUUGCCACUGAGCACUGCUUGUAGUAGAAAGUUCUGGGAAUCCACCUCUCUUUCCUCCUUGGAUACGUCGGGAAUUGGCUCGAGUUCGAGCAGUGCCUCGUCGUCGUCUGUCUCCUCCACGCCGGUGACGGCCUGCCGCACGCACAAGCGCUCCGUCUCGGGCAUCUCGAGCUACUCUUCCCUCUCGCUGCCCCUCUACAACCAGCAGGUCGACGACUGUUGCAUCAUCCGAGUCAGCUUGGCCGUUGAUAACGGCAACAUGUACAAAAGCAUUCUAGUAACCAGCCAGGACAAAACCCCCGUUGUGAUCCGGAAGGCGAUGGCCAAACACAAUCUAGAUGGGGACCGGCCAGAGGACUACGAGCUCAUUCAGAUCAUCUCGGAAGAAAGAGAAUUGAAAAUCCCCGACAACGCCAACGUCUUCUACGCUAUGAACUCUGCCGCCAACUACGACUUCGUCCUCAAGAAGAGAGGCUUCUCCAAGGCCGUCAAGAUCAAGCACGGUUCCAGCUCCACCUUGCCACGGAUGAAACAGAAAGGCCUCAAAAUCGCCAAAGGCAUCUUCUGAUCCUGAGGGGGGGCCAUGGGCCCCCUCUUGACGGGCUUUGGGGCCCCUCCGCUCGCCAUCACGGCCACGGUUCCGCUCUUGGCUACCAGUCUGUCUUAAAUGCUGCAGGGGCGCGAGAUGACGUGGUUGUGCCGGCUGCCUUUUCUCCAUCCCGCCCGAAAAGUUGGGGAAUCAACAGAACCACAAAAGUUGGAAGUAGGGAACCCCUUAGCAGCUACUCUGCUCAUUCACGUCGUUCCUCGCUCACCCUCACUGUGUCAACAGCAGCUGCCCCCUUGCCUUCAAUCAGGUCUGCGUCUCUUCUUUUUCUAUGAGGAGGGCUUUUCUAUUUUUUAAACCAACGUUCCAAGGUGCAAGGGACCCCACCAACCAUAACCUGCCUUAUGCGUCUACACUGACAAUUGCCGUGCUGCUAAGGGGGGGUGUCUGUUUUCUGCUUUCUCUGCUAACAGACCGGAGGGGUGGCCGGAGGCCAGGUAUCGACGGGGAAAGGGCCAGCUUCCAUCGUCUCCCUUGGCCCUGGACGCCGUUCCUCCUUGGUUGUCCCUGGUCAAGCAAACUCUCACUGCCCAGAAUCCUCUGGGAUUGUUUCUGAAAUGCACUUUGACCUUAGGGGAGAUUGAAACCGGAACACUCCUGUUGCUCUCCCGUCCCUCCGUUGCCACCUGCAUUGCCUAGCACUGGUGAACCUUAGGGACUCUGUGGACGUUGUAUGUGGAUUUAGGCCACCAGAGAAGGUGGAUUGCCUGUGCCGCAAUAGGGUCAACCCACUCCAACUCUUCUAACUUUCCAAAACGUUUUUCUUUUUUGCAACAGCCUGCACCAAAGAUCAGAACGGCAGUGUGUUUCUUUCUAAGACAAACCCCACUGCUGGCCAACUAGGGCAGGAUUAAAAAGGCCAGUUUCUGUACAGAUACACAUUGUAAAUAAAGACUUUGGGUGAAGCGAGGAAAGAGGUGGUGGCGGGGAAGUGAUUUGCUCUAAAGGGUUGUGGUGAAACCACCCCCUCCCUCUUGUAAAGUGCCACUGUUUUUUGUGUGUUUUUAAUGGACCGAGAACUUCUGACCGUGAAGUAGGAUCUGUGGACUGUUGUCUGAUGUGAUCAGAUUUUUUUUGUAAAAAAAAAAACUCAAAAUGAAUUUACUAAUGUCCCCCCCCAAUAUUUAUUGCUUGUAAAUACUCAGUUGGAUUUGUACAUUUUACUAACACUGUUUAAAUAUCCGUUAGUGUGGUCACUUUGGAUUUUGUUUUUUGUUUUCAAUUGUGAGAGAACUGUGGGGGGGAGUGAAUGAGGAUGCUGUAAGUCCUUUGUUUAAAACUAGCAGAAGUUUCAAAAAGGAGCAGGUUGAAAGGGCUUUUUAGAGCAUUGCUGGGGAACCUGUGCACUGUUGCUGGGCUCCCAACUUCCAUAAUCCGACUGGCUAUGCUGGCUGCUGAUUGGCUAUGCUGCCCAUGGAAGGUGGAGUCCAACACUACUUGGAGGACCACAAAUGUCCCCCAGCCCUCACUUUACAAGAAAUAUUACUUUUCAGUUUUGUUUUUUUACCACUAAAAGGACGUUUUUCACUAAUUUGCUAAACUGAAACACUAAGCAGAGCUAUUAGCCUGUUUUCCUAAUAGAUAGUCCCCAAGCUCAAAUUACAGCGGGCUCCUUUCUUCUGUGUAUGUGUGUGUGUGUGGGGGGGUCUGUGAUUGGUAGGAUUGGAGGUGCUGAAUAGACCAGAGCUCUCUUCUUAUCCAUGUCUUCUCCUAGAAGUGACGGAACUAGAUUCCUGACCCCUUGGGACUUCUGUUGAACAGCUCCAGUGAUAACUUUGCACAAGGUAACUGAACCGGAAAGUUGUGGGGGUUGUUUGGAAGAGAUGGCAUUUAACCCAUGGGAACGAAUGAGAUGUAAGUAGCUUGAGAACUGAGAAUCUGUACCGUAUUUUUUGUUGUUGGAGCAGGACUAGCCAAGAUGGAUGUCGAUGAGCCUCCUGCCUUCCAUCGACCGUAGGCCUAUGGGCAUUUGGCAACAGCUGUACGCCCCCAUCUUCGCUAAGCCUUCUGAGGGAGCUUCCCUAAACUAAUCCUCAAAAGUCAUCUGCUUUCUUGGGGUGUUUAUAGGCAGGGUCUGUUUAAAUGUACCUUCCCUCCCUGCGCCCCGGCCACCAAAAUACCAUCUCUGAAAGGUAACGGCGUUUACUCUGCCUAUGAAGGGAGCGAUAUAUUGUCUCCUGGAGGGUAAGAGGCGGCUGUGCAUCUUUCCUGCCCGCUCGCUUUCCGGUGUUGCUUCUGCACAGCAGGUUUUUAUUUCUGCUUUUAGUUGCUCACAAAACACUAAGGGAUGCUCCUCCCCUCCCUGCUGCCUCCUUUAUAGAACUGCCGCUUGCUCCUCUCUCUUGCCGUUGGCGGCCUUAGGCGAGAGUCUGCCUUUCCUCUUGGCUUUCCCUUACAUCCCGUUUUGUGGCUGGCUGGGAGGAAGGGGGGAUCUGUGGCCUUUUAUCGUGAGCCAUGCUCAUGGACUCUCUCUCUGUGGAUCAGCCAGUGCGGAAGAACCUUUGCCUGGACAAAGGCUGAGUCCUUGCAGAAAAAGCAGGGGAGGGGAAUCUCUGAAUUGUGCCACUGGCACUAAGGUUAUGCUUGACCCUUUUUGCACACACUUUUUAAAAAUACUUAUUUCCCUCUGUCCUUCCUCACUGGACAAGCACUUCACUCUGAGGCUUUUACUUAACAGCUGCUUUUCCUAGAGCGUGUCAGCAGAGUCCACAGGGGUGUAUGCGUGUGUGUGAUUGGUUGAUGUCGGUAGCUGUAACUGAGGCAUAUUUUGUACCGAUUUCCAUGAAGUAGUGAUGAAAUUAGCCUUUUUUUCUUCCCAAUAAAAUUCCAAUGUUUUGA